AUGUGUUGCAGUAAUUGGUUUUUAUUUUGUAAAAAUUGGAAAUUAUGGAUACGUCCAUUUGUCGUUAUUCUUUAUGUCUUAAUUAUAUUAACAUUUAUACCUGCAUUAAUUGUACAUGAACUACAGGAUGGUAUUAAAAAAAAGGAUUUAGGUCCAUUAGUUGGUGGUGGCUUUGUGUUACUUGCAUUACCAAUAUCAUGUUGGCAAAUAAUGCAACAUGUUGUUCAUUAUACACAGCCCCAUCUACAAAAACAUAUUAUUAGAAUAUUAUGGAUGGUACCAAUUUAUGCAUUAAAUGCAUGGCUAGGAUUAAUAUAUACAAAACAGUCGAUUUACAUGAAUAGUAUACGUGAAUGUUAUGAAGCAUAUGUGAUUUAUAAUUUUAUGAAGUAUUUGUUAAAUUAUUUAAAUAAUGAAUAUGAUUUAGAAGCAAGUUUAGAAACUAAACCUCAGGUUAAUCACUUUUUUCCAUUUUGUUUUUUAGCACCAUGGGAAAUGGGAAGAGAAUUUGUACAAAUGUGUAAACAUGGAAUUUUACAAUAUACCGUAUUCCGCCCAGUGACAACUAUUAUUUCAGUAAUUUGUGAAUUAUGUGGUGUUUAUGGAGAGGGAAAUUUUAGUGGUACUGUUGCAUUUCCAUACAUAGUUGCCAUUAAUAAUUUAUCACAAUUUGUAGCUAUGUACUGUCUAGUACUUUUCUAUCGUGCCAAUAGAGUUGAACUACGUCCAAUGAAACCUAUUGGUAAAUUUUUAUGUAUAAAGGCUGUUGUAUUUUUUUCGUUUUUCCAAGGUGUUCUUAUUCAAAUGGGAGUCUAUUUUGAUAUAAUUUCCGUCGCAUUUAAUACUGACAAUGAAAGCGGAGUUCGGGAAAUUGCCACUAGGCUACAGGAUUUUCUUCUGUGUAUUGAAAUGUUUUUCGCUGCAAUUGCACAUCAUUAUAGUUUUUCAUAUAAAGCAUUUAUAAAUGAAUUAGCUCCACAACAACCGUGUAUUCGAUCGUUUUUAGCAAUGUGGGAUGUCUCCGAUGUCGGUGGUGAUAUUCAAGAGUAUUUAGAAGUUGUUGGUAGUUCAUUAAGUCGUCGAAUACGUGGUCGCAGUAUGUAUUCAUUAGCAAAAGGUAGUGAAAUAUCUGAGAAUGCUCGAUUAGUUGGCUCAGCACCUGAACGUAUAGGUGUUCUGUAUGAGGGUUCACAACGAUAUAAUUCAUCAGAUGGUACAGAUACUUACAAAGAUGGCAGUGGCGGUAUGAGUAGUGAAUCUGGUACUUAUGGUUCACUCAGAAGUUCAACCAAUCAAAAUGAUUUAACACCUACGGUACAAAUAUCUGGAUCAUUUAAAUAUGAAGAUGAUCAUAAAAUGGUUUAAGGGUACUUAUUUUUUAUUUAAAAUUUAUGGAUUGUUUAUAAGAUAUUACAUUUUUCUGGGUGAUGGGGCAUCAUAUAUGAAAGAUAAAAUCUAAGGCGUUAGUCCUUAUAAACGCCGAGAUGUCAUUCAAUCUAUGGAACAAAUUAAGCUUAGAAGUUACCAAAGUUUUAGAUUUUUGUUUGUUUUAAAGUUAUGAUGCGAUCUAUGAAUAUCUUUAUCUAGAAAGAGUGCCUUUCUAAUAAAUAUGUAAUAACGGUAAGAGGAGUAAAUAAACUUCGAUAAUUGUGCAAUUUGAGGAGGUAGGUCCUUGGAGAAGAUUGUUGAAUAUUUAUUUGACAAUUCAUCUUGAGAAGAAUCUAAUAGCGUAUUUGUUAUCACACCUUUUUGGUUAAAAUAAUAAAACUUGCCAUUAA